AUGAAGCGCACACCAAACUAUUACGACGGGUAUGCAGGGCUGAACCCGACCGGCAGCUCCAUCGGCGAUACAGUCUAUGCCGCUGGCCCUACAGGCUAUGGUGGUUACGAAGCUGAACAACAGCUACCACAACACCCACACCAGCCACACCACCAACAGCAGCAUCCGCAGCCAUAUGGUCUUGGCAACAACGACAUAGGCAGCCCCACCAAGCGAAAAGCUGAUCAUACCAUCUACCGGGAGCAGGACAUGCGUCUCGGCACGCCGGCGGCCGAAGAAGCCGAUGGCAACUAUGAGUACGACAUGAACACAUACGGAGCCAGCCGGAGUCGCAACGACGGUGGCUUGAGUGCCGGCGAAUACGGAGAUAUGUCGGACCUGGCCACCGUCCGCCCGCAGAACCGUAGCGGCAAGGACGUGCGGAUGGUCAUCAACAACCACUCCAACAUAAACGUGCCCCUCGACCAGAGUGCAGGCAGCAGCGUGACCAGCAAUGAGUAUGCACCACCCACGCCAAGCGGAGACGCGGCCACGUACGAAGUCUACUCCAUUGGCGGUGCGGCCGGCAGUGUGGAGAGCCCGCCUGAUGACCAAAAGGGUGCCGGUACCAUCAACUCCAAUCCGAACAGCAACACGGCGAGCUCACCGACGGAUUCGUCAAGAAAGAAGCAAAAGCGCAACAAGCCCACAUUGUCAUGCUCUGAGGAAACAAGCAGAACAGCGGCGGCAGCUGGUGGUCGCCGAGUAACGCGGCCACUUUUGUCCAAGAAAGUGCCGGGCUCGUUCAGCUCGCUUUCCAUCCCGAACAUUGCCGAUCGAGGCAUCCUCAACGCCCACGUCGAGUCCCUGGGCUCGGUGGCUCUCUCUACUGGGCUUUUGUCCAAUGUACCCUACUCGGUACCCUCAGCCUCAAACGUCUUUGGCAUUGGAUCCGAACACCCAUUCGCCAACUACUGGACGUGUGAAGGCGGUCUGACCGAAGUGAUUUCUGUGCUGCCGGACAAGAUUCAGUCGGAUAUCCUACUCGUCCGGUACUUUGAGUGCUUCGACCCGGUCUACCCGAUGAUUGACCGGCACUACUUUUACACGGAAUUUGAAAACUUCUGGGCCUUGGCGCCCGAGGACAAGAAUAUGGUUGACCCGGCGUUCAUUGGUCUCCUCUUUGCCAUGCUGGCUCUGGGCACGCAAUUCGUCUCGUCCACAACACCCAAAGAGCGGAAGCAGACGGCCGAGUUCUAUGCGUCGGCCAGUAACCAGGCUCUGCGCCUGAGCUCGUACCUCAGCGCUGCAUCAGUCCGCUCGAUCCAGGCCAUGGUCCUAAUCACGUACUUUUUGAUCAACGACAACCACGCGUCCGACGGAUGGGCGUUUGCGGGCAUCCUCAUGCGCCAGGCGUACGCCAUGGGGCUGCACCGGGACCCAAACAUUGUGGUUCCGAAUGCAAGCCCAUACGAAAAGCAGCGGCGACGGAAAGUGUGGCAGGCGGUCCUGCUCCAGGACACGUUCAUGACGGUGCUUAUGUCGCUCCCACCGACGGCGACACACACGGAUGUCAACGUCGAGGACCUCGAGGAGGAAGACGACAUUGAAUCGAACAACAAAAACAGCGUGACUGAUACGGCGUAUAUUCGCGGAUCAUGGACGCUCGCCAAUCUCGUGCAGGAGGUGAUCAGCAGCCCGCGCUCGUUGGACGUACCCAUCUGCACGACGUCACGCCACAAGUCCAAGAUGGUGUCGGACUUCCGAGCCAUCUACCGCAGCUUCCCAGACAUCUUCCGCAGCUGGGACCCAGAGUCGGUGACGCAGCUGGCCAAGACGAACAAGCGGGUGGUCCGGCAAACGCUGUUUCUGAGCAGCAACUACUUUCAUAACCUGAUGCUGGUGCACGCCUCAGAGUCGGCCGACGUGCCGGUGAACGUGCGGGGCACCCUGGAGGCGGCGCAUGACGCCAUUACGUCCUUUUUUGUUCUCUUCAAGUUGUUUGAGAACGAAGCUGGCGUCUGGUGGGUGUUCAACCACCGGGCGUUCUUGGAGGCGCUGUGCAUCGGCGGCGUGCUCAAAGAGACCGUCUUUAAGAACAGCGGCGACCCGGUGGCCACGGCCAAGGACCCGCUGUAUGCACGCGCUCGUGCCGAUAUUGAAAAAAUGGUUGAGAUUAUGCGCAUCAUGGGCGAAGGCGAGCAGGGCUCUGAAGUCGCCAGGACACGCGUCAAGGUUCUCAGCGAGUUUUUGUAA